AAUAGCAAUGAAGCCGGAACGCAAUCUUUUAAUUGCAGCCACAGGCAGCGUGGCCACCAUUAAGAUGGUGCAAAUGAUAUCCGAAUUCAGCGACGACAAGCUGCCCUACAAAUUUAAUAUUAAAGUCAUCAUAACGGAGCAUGCGAAGCACUUUUUUGAACUGGAGGAGGUGCCGGAGCAUGUGCCCAUUUUACAUAACCGAGACGAGUGGCUCACCUGGAAUAAACGCGGCGAUCCGGUAUUACACAUUGACCUAGGAAAGUGGGCCGAUCUUAUGUUAAUUGCACCACUCAGUGCCAAUUCUCUAGCCAAAAUAGCCAGCGGUAUUUGCGAUAAUUUGAUGUUGUGCGUGGUUCGUGCUUGGGAUUUGGAGAAGCCACUCUUCUUUGCACCGGCCAUGAAUACACGCAUGUACGAUCAUCCCAUUACGCGCGAGCAGAUUGACAAACUAAUUAAAUGGGGGUAUAAAGAGAUUCCCUGUAUAUCGAAAACUCUUAUGUGUGGCGAUACCGGCAACGGGGCCAUGGCAGAGGUGUCCACAAUUGUUGCUACAGUGGUUGGCACAUUUACAUUGCCUUUGUAAAUACUAAAUUCUUUGUUAUAGU